ACUCGUCAAGAAUCCUAACGAAGGAAUUUCUAUUAUUGUAGCAUGAGUCAAGAAACCGCUCACGAUCAAAGUAACCAAGCGCCAAGCGAUGGACACGAAAAUGUUCAUAUUGAAGUAUCUAGUUUCACACCUCCUAUUCAAAGUGAACAAGUGAACUCACUACAUGUUCCCCAAAAUGAUCAAAAUAUUGGAGAUCAACCUGACGCUAUGCUACCUACCUUAAUGGUAAACUUCUUACAACAAAUGACUAAUGCCCUUGUGUUUCAACCACCUCCACCACAACCUCGUUUGAUCACUUUCAAAACCUUGAAAGAUAAUGGUGCUGAGGAGUUCCUGGGAGAUCGAAUUUCCGAACCCCAAAUUGCUCUUGAAUGGAUCGAGCACACCGCUCGUGUACUACAAAAUUUGAACAUACCUCUCGUUGAUCAUCCAAAAUUUGCAUCUCAAUUGCUCCGCAAGGAAGCCUACGAAUGGUGGAAACGUACUGACGAAAAUCCAAACACACCCAAACCUUGGACUUGGGAAUUCUUCGAUUGGGCGUUCAAGAAGGAAUAUAUACCAGCUCGAUUCCGUGAAGAGAAGCGUGCUGAAUUUAUCGAGUUAAAGCAAGGAGAUAUGACACUCCCUGAAUACCGACAAAGAUUUGUCCAUCUCGCUCAAUUUGCACCCACGCUGGUGAGUACAGCGGCGGACCGCAUUGAGGAGUUUCGCAAAAGACUUCGACCUGACCUCAGGCCGCACGUAUCUACUAUUCAAACUAUGGAUUUCAUUGAGGCAUACGAUCUAAUCUCCAAAGCCGAAAAAGAUCUAAGUGAUUACUAGGAAAGUCUGAAGACUGAGAGUGUUAAUCCAAAUGAAGACCAAAUACAAGUGGGAAGAGACCCUUGCAAGAAAUUGAUAGUGCCAUU